AUGGACGAACACUUGAUUGCCACUAUCAACAAGCUUCAGGACGCGCUCGCGCCCCUCGGAGGGGGGUCACAGUCACCUGUCGACUUACCGCAGAUCACGGUAGUUGGCUCGCAGUCGUCCGGGAAGUCUUCGGUGCUUGAGAACAUCGUGGGGCGCGACUUCCUCCCCCGGGGCUCUGGGAUCGUGACCAGACGGCCGCUGGUGCUGCAAUUGAUCAACCGGCGCGGCAAGAAGGGGGACAAGCGCAACGCGCACGGCGACCUGCUGGAGCUGGACGUGGCGGCGGACCAGAAGACGGGCCAGAGCGAGGACAACGCCGAGGAGUGGGGCGAGUUCCUGCACGCGCCGGGGAAGAAGUUCUACAACUUCGACCAGAUCCGGCAGGAGAUCGUGAACGAGACCGAGAAGCUGACGGGCAAGAACGCGGGCAUCUCGCCGAUUCCGAUCAACCUGCGGAUCUACUCGCCGCACGUGUUGACCUUGACGCUGGUCGACCUGCCGGGGCUGACGAAGGUGCCCGUCGGGGACCAGCCGGUGGACAUCGAGUCCCAGAUCAAGAACAUGAUCAUGCAGUAUAUCUCGAAGCCCAAUGCCAUAAUACUUGCGGUCAACGCGGCCAACGCGGACCUCGCCAACAGCGACGGCUUGAAGCUUGCGCGCGAGGUGGACCCGGAGGGCACCAGGACGAUCGGCGUGCUAACGAAGAUCGACCUGAUGGACGAGGGCACGGAUGUUGUCGAUAUAUUGUCUGGGCGGAUCAUCCCGUUGAGGUAUGGCUAUGUUCCGGUGAUCAACAGAGGACAGAAGGAUAUCGAGUCCAGAAAGACCAUCAGAGAGGCAUUGAACGACGAGAAGCGGUUCUUUGAAAACCACCCAUCCUACAGCUCCAACGCAAACUACUGCGGCACACCGUACCUGGCCAAAAAGCUGAACUCCAUAUUACUACAUCACAUCAGGCAGACGCUACCUGAGAUCAAAAACAAGAUCGAGCUGUCUUUGAAGAAGUACCAGGCCGAGCUCCUUGCAUUGGGCCCCGAGACGCUUGAUUCCCCCAACUCCAUUGUGCUCUCCAUGAUCACUGAUUUUUCCAAGGAGUACACUGGUAUUCUGGACGGUGAAGCCAAGGAGCUUUCCAGCCAAGAGCUUUCUGGAGGUGCCAGAAUAUCUUUCGUGUUCCACGAAAUAUUCAAAGGUGGAGUCUACGCGUUGGAUCCUUUUGACCAAAUAAAGGACUCUGAUAUCAGAACGAUCAUGUAUAACAGUUCCGGUGCAGCUCCUUCUCUCUUCGUGGGAACAGAAGCGUUUGAAGUGCUUGUCAAGCAGCAAAUCCAGAGAUUCGAGGACCCAUCGUUACGUCUGGUGGCGUUAAUAUUUGAUGAGCUUGUGAGAAUACUAAGGGAGAUUAUUUCACAACCAAAAUAUGCCAGGUACCCUGGGCUAAGGGAAGCCAUAUCGAACUACUUUAUUCAAUACCUAAAGGAACGUAUUAUCCCUGCUAAUGACUUCGUUGUGGACAUUAUCAAGUCUGAGCAAACGUAUAUAAAUACUGCUCACCCUGAUUUGCUAAAGGGUUCACAGGCCAUGGCCAUGGUGGAGGAGAGAUUACAUCCUAAACAGGUCGAUCCAAAGACAGGAAAAUCAUUGCCGCCGACGGUACAGCACACAGACAAGGGCUCCAGUGGCAUUUUUGGUGGAUUCUUUGCUUCGAAGAACAAGAAGAAAUUGACUGCUUUGGAGGCCCCUCCCUCUGUUUUGAAAGCCACGGGCCAGAUGACCGAGAGGGAGACACUAGAGACAGAGGUUAUCAAGUUGCUAAUUGAAAGCUAUUUUAGCAUAGUCAAGAGAACAGUCGCUGACUUGAUCCCAAAGGCAGUCAUGUUAAAACUUAUUGUUAAAAGUAAGAAUGACAUCCAGAAGAUCUUGUUAGAGAAAUUGUAUGGAAACCAGGACAUUGAAGAGUUGACCAAAGAGAACGAUAUCACAAUCCAGCGUAGGAAGGAAUGCCAUAAUAUGGUACAGAUCUUAAAGCAUGCAAGUGAAAUUGUUUCUUCUGUUUGA